AGAAACAAAGACGGCGGACGCAGUGCAGUAAGAGCAGAUGGGCGGACCCAAAUUUCUUCUGCUUCACGAUUUUGCGGAGGUCUAGCCCUGCAUCCAGCCUUGAAACAGGGUGGGGAGGAGGCAGAAAGGGGAGGGACUGCACUCCCUCUGAGCGUGCUAGCUCCGACUGCCUGACGGAUCACCCUUCCGCUCCAACAUGGCUAGUUCCUCAACGCCGUGACUCAAGCCUGUUGUGACAGGCAGGGCGCACUCAGCAGCGCAGCCCCACAGGUGGCGAAGGCUCCGCGAGAGGGUUCCCGCCAGGCUACACAGUGGAGUGCCGCACAGCGCGCCUUCCAGCCUCGCAGCCGCCACCCUAGCGGUUCCGACCCGGCGCCAGCAGGCCUGCUUGGUCGAUCUUCGAGCCAAAGAUGCGGCGAGGCUGGAAGAUGGCUCUGUCUGGGGGGCUGCGGUGCUGCCGCCGGGUACUGUCCUGGGUGCCAGUGCUCGUUAUUGUCCUCGUCGUGCUCUGGUCCUACUAUGCCUACGUCUUUGAACUCUGCCUGGUGACUGUUUUGAGCCCAGCAGAAAAAGUUAUUUACCUCAUACUCUACCAUGCCAUCUUUGUGUUCUUUACCUGGACCUACUGGAAGUCUAUCUUUACACUCCCACAGCAGCCAAACCAGAAGUUCCACUUGUCCUACACAGACAAGGAGCGCUAUGAAAAUGAAGAAAGACCUGAGGUCCAGAAGCAGAUGCUUGUUGAUAUGGCCAAAAAGCUACCGGUUUACACAAGAACUGGAAGUGGAGCUGUACGAUUCUGUGACCGGUGUCAUCUGAUCAAGCCAGACCGCUGCCACCACUGCUCUGUCUGUGCUAUGUGUGUGUUAAAAAUGGAUCAUCACUGCCCUUGGGUUAAUAACUGCAUUGGAUUUUCCAACUACAAAUUCUUCCUUCAAUUCUUAGCUUACUCUGUUCUCUACUGCCUGUACAUUGCUACGACAGUCUUCAGCUAUUUCAUCAAAUACUGGAGAGGGGAAUUACCCAGUGUUCGCUCUAAGUUCCAUGUCCUUUUUCUUCUCUUUGUGGCCUGCAUGUUUUUUGUCAGCCUUGUGAUUCUCUUUGGUUACCAUUGUUGGCUUGUCAGCAGAAACAAAACCACCUUAGAGGCCUUCUGCACUCCAGUGUUUACAAGUGGCCCAGAGAAAAAUGGGUUCAACCUUGGCUUCAUCAAGAAUAUCCAGCAGGUGUUUGGAGAUAAGAAGAAGUUCUGGUUAAUACCUAUUGGUUCCAGCCCUGGUGAUGGACACUCCUUCCCUAUGAGGUCUAUGAAUGAGUCACAGAAUCCACUGCUAGCAAAUGAAGAACCCUGGGAAGACAAUGAGGAUGACAACCAAGAUUAUCCAGAAGGCUCAUCAUCUCUUGCUGUGGAAACGGAAACAUAGCAGUUUUCACAUUUCCUGCAUCUCUCAGACAGGACUCACCAUCUCUGCCUCCCAUGAGGCUUACAGAGUUCAAUGUUGGAAAUCAUUGUAAUCUUCAAAAUAAGUCACCGUGUUGGAUUGAAAGCUUCAAAAUUUGAAAGAAUUCCAUCAAAUACUUGCUGUGUAAAUGUUUCUGGACUUUAUGUUAUUUAAUUUACUGACUGAAAUCCAAUUUGGAAUUUGGUAGCAGUUAAUUCAAGCCAAUUUUUUUUGUUUCUUCAUUUCCCCUCCCCCAAUCCAUGAAAGCCUAAAUGUAAAAUAUAUCUUUUCAUUCAUCUUAUCAGGUAAAAGGAAAUUCAGAAAAUUUCCUUAGAGUCUUUAAUUCCCCCACAAAGAUUAUUAAUCACAUAUAUAGGGCCUUUUUGGUGUUGAAGGGAAUCAAACUACAUUUGCUGCUUGUGUGCGUAUGCAUUUGUGAACAUGUACAGCAUAUCUAUACAAAAUUCUGCUAUAGUGUGAAAAUCAAGGCUAAAAACCUGAAGCCUUUGUUUAAUUAUGCUUUUCCUCUAAAUAGCAACUUAAAUAUUUGCUAGACUUUGAACCAUCGCUAUAUCAAGUAUCUAAAAUUUGGGAGGGUGAAUCAGUACACUGUGACCAAGGUCCUCAAAUUGGAAUUUGAACAACAAUGUAAAACCUGUUCUGUCACAAAUGUUCCUGAAAGCACCACAGCUACUCAAGAAGAUCAAAUUCAGGACAUAAACUUUAUUGAACAUAAUAACCAGUGUUUUUUAAAGACUUUUUUGUCAGGGUGCAGUAAAAUUCUCCAAUUACUUUUAUUCAUUUAUCUGCUUCCUAGUUUUAUUUUAGCCUUUAUGAGUUAUUUUAUGAUGAAAGAAAAUCUAUAAGCCUAAGUUAUGGCCCAUAGGUUUUGUUAAGGGUUUUCAGAGUGAUUUUCAGGUUUAAUUUCACUGCCUUUCAUAAGGGUAAAGUUUCACAGCUGACAUUAGCCUGAGGAUUAGCACUAAAGAGCUGUGUUUUCAUAGCAGGGGCUAUUGUACAGACAGUGAUAACCAAAUAGUAAUAUGCCAGUUCUUUCUUCUUUUUUUAGCUUCAGUAGUAGCUAAGCCGUUAAUACAGUUUGCAUCAAUUUCCCCAUUUAUUUAUAAUCAGCCUUUCUUUUAGUCCUAGUGCCUGAAUCAAUGAGUGAGAAUACUAGUAGAUUCUUUACAAUAAUAAUAUCUUAAGAGUAUUGAUAUCUUUCAUUUUUUCAUCCAGCAGUCUAGUGCCCAGCUGCUGACAAUAAAAGCUCCAACUCUUUUAGAGAUCAGUGGAAUUUAGAAGCAUCUUACAGGUGUCAAGGAAUUGAGCUCCUAGAGGGAUGGUUUGGCUUACUAAUUUAUCUUCCCUGAAAUAUGUUUGAGUAAAAAAGAGUUGCCUGCCACAAUUUAGUGUUGGGGUUCCAGUGGAGCUGAGAAAGUGAACAAUCCAGCUACUUAAAGCAACAACAAAACCUGUUCAUCUGGACCCCUAGGUAAUUUUGACCAAGGUGAGACUUUUGGCAUAAAUUAAAUGGAUUGUGGUCAGCAUUACAUUUGAGAGAAUACUAGACAUGACUACACUUAUUAGGGCUAGUGACUUUCUCAAACUCAGAAGCUAAAAAGCAGCCUAGAUGACUAUGCACACACUGGGUUUCAUGAUGAAAUCUUCUUAUAUAUUCAGAUGGAAAAAAAAUUCCCCUUACACUCUUUCUCAAAAUACUCUCGUUUGGGUUUUUCCUGAAACCUUAUUUGGCCAUUCCCAUGGUUUUAUGACAGACAAGCCUUGUCUUCUAUUCGUAUAGAUAUGCACCUUUUUCUACAUGUAUGGCCUUUACUUACUACACAGCAGGUAGGCCUCAAAGUAAUCUUCCUCUUUCCCAUCAAUCAUCUUCUGCCAAGCAUUCAGGCAGAGCAGCUGUUAACUGUGAUUCAAAGUCAGAAAAACAUCAAGAACUUCUUUGAUGCAUAGGGUGUAUCAGCACUCAGCUCCCACAGAAGUCAAGUCACAAAAUAUAGUGUCAGUUAACUAUAAGGAAGUUCCGGAGAGGUAAAGCUCAGGAAAGAUGUAAUGCAAAGCUGAUUGUUUAAUGUCUUACAGAUUUACACUGUCUUUAAAAGGCCAAAUAAGGCUGGGCGCAGUGGCUCACACCUGUAAUCCCAACAUUUUGGGAGCCCAAGGCGGCCGGACCACCUGAGGUCGGGAGUUCAAGACCAGCCUGACCAACAUGGAGAAACCCCGUCUCUA